AUGGCCUCCUCGAUGAACCAGGUCGAGCUCUACAACGAUCCGGCUCUCGAUCAUAUCCUUGACCAAACCAAGUCCCGGUCCAGAAGCAAUGGGACCAAUCGUCGGAGCAGCGUGGGACAAGAGACGCGCUCGUUCUCUGAGAGCCUCAGUUCAUCGGUCCAGAACCCUCCUGCCGCGCCUGAAGUUCCUCGUGGACCGCCGAUUUCCUACCGAGCUUUGGGUCAAGGUGAAGGGAAUAUUCAUAGGUCAUUCUCUCAAAGAGCCAAGGGACGCCCAUUCCACCGAGAAGCAUUUGCAGACAUGGAUGACGAAUUCCUGGAAGAAAACGUCAGGCCUCAAGCUCGCAUCACAUCCGACCCGGUCCGUAGGGACGUCCCUGCGGCGAUUUCUCGAAAGCCCGCGCCGACGGAUGGCUUGACACUGAACACGACGGCUAUCAAUGGCCCUGCGGCGACGGGAGCACCAAGAAGAGAUAUUCCGUCUGCCCGCGAAAUGAGUUCCGAUCCAAACAAGUUCACUCAAAAGCCUCGACGCAUUUCAGAUACGCCUCGGCGCACUGAAGAACCAAUGUCUGCUGUGAGCAGGUCGAGCGCCUUUCGAGAGGAGGCUCAGAGACGGGAUUGGGCACCUGAUCGUUCACCGCUUCAAAAGUUGGAAGUCACACUCAGCGAUAUUAGCAAAGAAGAGAAGCGUGCUCGGGUUCAAGAGGCUGAGAUGCUUUUACGAGAACGGGGGGCCAAAGCGGCGCAUGAGGCUGUCGAGUCGUCUAGAGAAACAAACCCACUCCCGAAGGCUUCUUUUUCCACCAGACGAUCUACAUCCAGACGAGAUCGCGUUCCUGAGCCAGAAACCCCUACCUUGGAGGAUGCGGGUCUGGUUCGCAACCUCAGCAAUACCCAACGACAGCGUCUGCAGCACAGCACUACCGUUGACAAUCAUCGGCCUGACGUGAGAAGUUUGUCUGGAGAAGGACAUCCAGGUUUCGACUACAGCGCGUCAAGUCCAAUGCAUCCCGAUUCUGCCAGCCAGUCUCGUCAAUCAAGUGGCAAAUAUCGAAAAGAAGAAAUCCCUAGACAGGAUCGAGCUCCAGGAGCCCUAUCCCGGAAACAGCGUGACACAACACCCACAAGUGCGGAAGGCCGGCCAGCGGAUGGGCCUCCCAACCAAGUUUCUUCCCGUGCUCCUCGAACUCAAGCAGCACAUGGCCCUGUUCGGGGUGACAUCUCCGAGCGUCAGAGAAAUGCAUCUCAUAAAGCGGCGUUGGAGAAGCUUACCGGCGUGGACGGUCCCGCGAGCGUUACACGAAGUGGUUCUCGAAAACUUCAGAAGGCCCCACCUGUUACUGCUGAACGACGCACGGCUUUGACGGGCAAGACACCAAGCCGAAUACCAGUCCCCAGCACAGUUACCACGGCUGCAACUACGAGGCCGGAGACAUAUGAUCGAGGCCUUCACGAUCCAAAUGUUGACAUAUCUCGAUCUCAACAACGACCACACACACCUCCAAUCGGUCUAGGCCUUCAAUCAUCGCCGCAUCCCAGCAGUCCACGGUCACCCGCCGAAAAGGUGGCCGAUGUGACGCGUCAAAGACAACGAAAGUCAAGCGUCUCCUUCAAAGAGCCUAUCAAUCGCCGUCCUGUGGAUGAAUGGAAAGAAGCUGGUAUCGCCAAACUCACUGCUGCCGACUUAUCCACGGAAACAGCCACGCCAGUGGACAGGAACAAGGCAUGGUGGGAGCAGGCACCAUCGUCAUCAGGACGCAGACGAAGCAGGUCAACGAGGAUGUCGGAUCAAGCUGCGUUUGAUGGGCCCAUUGACGAUAAGACGGCUGAAUUUAAACCAAAGCUCUAUCUCCGAUGUGGUCCAUUACUCCAAUACACAGGCAUGAAGCGAGAAAAGACCGAGAAGGGUGACGAACGCGAGUUCUGGCGAGGCAGUGUGUUGAUCGUAACACAAGAUUCACACUCAUCCUACGAUUCUGCACCCACGUUGCGCCUCUUUUCACAACCGCAGAAAUUGCUCCCCCCUCCGCCUCAUCAGGUGACUGGAGAUGAACUCAAUCCCGAAUAUGUCGACCCCAUUGCGGGCUUGAUCAAACUCUCAAGGACAGGGCGCGCAUUGUACGUUCGUCCUGUUGAUCACCUCGAAGAAGGCAAAGAUCUCUCACAGAUGGAAAAUGAUGACGGCCUCUUCGAAAGCACGCCCAGUCCUCUGGAUUUCAAAGAUCCACACACCACUCCGAACAAAAGAACUCUCGACAUGGAUGGAGAACGAUUGGGAAGAUAUCAAGAAGUGACGGGCGCCAGGUUGUACGCCGAUCCCGACCGAGAUGUGACAUUUUGGCGAUUCAAUCUGGAGAUAGAGCUGGGUCAUGAACAACAGCACAUUGGAUACCGGAUCAAUCGUGGCCCAGCCGUUGGAUUCUGGGUUCAAGCUCGGGGUCAAAGUAUGAAUAUCAUGUUUCAUACGUGCAACGGGUUCAGCCUCUCUGUCAAUCCUGACCAUUUCAGUGGACCCGAUCCUAUGUGGCGAGAUGUUCUCAACACUCACCAAACCCGUCCGUUCCACGUCAUGAUUGGUGGCGGCGAUCAGAUAUAUAAUGAUCGUGUGGUGCUCGAGACUCAACAUUUUGGCGAGUGGACGAAAAUGAGAAAUCCCGCCCGCAAGCACCACGCCCCAUUCUCGAAUGAAAUGAAAGAAGAGCUCGAAACUUUCUAUCUGAACAGAUAUGCUCUGUGGUUCUCACAAGGCCUCUUCGCCAUGGCGGCGAGUCAAAUACCGAUGGUGAAUAUUUGGGACGACCAUGAUAUUAUCGAUGGAUUCGGUUCUUACCCUCACCACUUCAUGGAGACUCCGGUUUUCACGGGACUGGGGAAUGUCGCAUUCAAGUACUACAUGCUUUUUCAACAUCAGAGUGUCGCGGAAGAGACGACGGCUCAUGAGCCCAGCUGGUUGCUAGGCCGAGAGCCCGGCCCUUACAUCAAACAACUCAGCAGGAGUGUGUUCAUGCACAUGGGUAAGCACGUCGCAUUUCUCGGUUUGGACUGCCGCACAGAACGAAUGCGUGGUGAAGUUCUCAGUGUUGAUACCCUGGACAUCGUUCUCGAGCGAUGCCGAAAAGAAUUAAUCGAAGGAGAAACCAAACACCUGAUCGUCUUGCUCGGAGUUCCCGUUGCCUAUCCCCGUCUGGUCUGGUUGGAGAACGUCCUCACCAAUCGACUUAUGGAUCCAGUCAAAGCCUUGGGAAAAGCUGGGAUCUUGAAAAAAGGGUUCCUGAACAAGUUCGACGGUGGAGUUGAAAUCCUAGACGAUCUGGACGAUCAUUGGACGGCAACCAGCCACAAGCAAGAACGAAACGAAUUCAUUAAAGACCUGCAAGAUCUCGCCGCCGAGAAAUCCUGCAGAAUUACCAUCUUGAGUGGUGAUGUUCAUCUUGCUGCAGUCGGCCAAUUCUACUCGAAUCCCAAGCUCAAGAUUCCGAAAGACCGAGACCAUCGAUACAUGCCGAAUGUGAUAUCUUCGGCGAUUGUCAACGCUCCGCCUUCAGACAUGUUGGCCGACAUCCUCAACAAGCGCAACAAGACGCAUCAUUUGGACGAGUACACUGAUGAAAACAUGAUUCCUAUGUUCACACAUGAUGUCGACAACAGGAAUCGAAACAAUAAACACCUGCUACCGAGACGCAAUUGGUGUUCGAUUCGAGAGUACAUGCCUGGUUUGACUCCUCCGCCAUCUCCACCGGCAGAAUCAGACAUUGGAGAAGAGGACGAUAUUCCAGAAACCCGUCCUCGUCGAUUCUCCUUCUCCAAGGAAAAUUUCCAUCCUCGAACGUUGGUCCGCAGAUUGAGUUCACGAAAUGCACCGCCCACCUCAUAUCGUGACAUGAUGUAUGAUCAAGGUCGUUCCGCAUCUCAUGACGGCGCGAUUCAACCCAAUGGAGCCACAUUGUCUCAAGACAGAAAUGCUUCCGGCUCUCGACCAUCCUCAACUGAUUUCCAAGCGCCUCUCCAUCGCCGAGCCGCCUCUUUGGAUUACAAUUCAUCAGGCACUCCGAUCCGACCGGGUUUGUUCCAACGUCGUCCCACCAACUGGUCCGAAAAAGCUGCGAAGAAGGGCAAUAUCCUUGCCAUUGACGCCGACGGUAAUGAAUUUGACGUUAACGAUGACGUCAAUCUAGAGGGAGGACUGGAUGUGGUUGUGAAUGUGGAGGUCAAUCCGAAAGAUCCGUCUGGAAUCACGAUGCCUUAUCGUUUACUCAUUCCCGCCCUCUGGUACGACGGGAGCUCUGACCGUGAAAAACUUGACGAGGCCACAGGUGCGCAGAGAAAGCCAACCCUCUUGAACCGAAUCGGUUUGGGUGGGAAACGGAUUCAGAAGACCGGUGGACAGCAAGGAGAUACCUGGAACGCGGCACCUAGCGAUGAAGAGAGUUAUAGCGAAGGAGACGAUAUUCCUAAAGCACCACCGCCCCGACGAAGAUUCAGUCUUUUCGGCAGUCGUAAACAGAAGAAGGAAGAGUACUUCAGUGACUCGGAGGAAGAUCAUGACGUCCAACCCAAUACCGGAGCUCCUGCGUCACAACCUCAACGAUGGCAGCAACCCGGCAGCGCCGUGCGUUCCUCAUCCGCCGUUCAACCCAAGCAGGCUGAGUAUCAGAUGUCACAUAAUAUGACGAGUCCACCGAAUCACGAUAUGCUCUACGACACUGAACAUCCCCCCCCACCAAGCCACAGUCUUGAACCCGCGCCGCAUCCCAGCGUUCGUCGUUCCCUAACUAUAUCGUCUUCUGACGGUCCGUCUGCCCGAAUGAAUCGAGGUGCGUCGACCGCCAGAAACAUUAGCGGCAGUUACACCACAGAUUCACGCGAUAGCACCAAUGUCAAUGCCAGCGGGCAAGACUAUGACAACACCAUUCCUUCGUCGACUGCCGCAACAUCCAGCAUCCCAUCACGCCGCUUGAGUAAACAAGAACGAUUCUUCGGCGUGAGACCCUACGACGACAGUGCUCAACCCUCGCCGCAACUCAGGGGAAACGGUAUCACCGGCAACAAUUUUACGUCCGACGACGGCGUUCAGCAUUAUGGUAGCGCUCCGGCGAGAGGAUAUUCGGGCAUUGAAGCGUACAAGGAACCCAGGACUCGAAGAACAUUCAGUCUCAGACGGGGUUUGGAUUGGUUGGAUGGACGGAAUAGGGAUGAUGAGCAAAAUUAA